AUGAAGACCCAUGAAGCCAACUCCACAGCGGUCACGGAGUUCCUUAUCCUGGGGUUCCCGGCCCUGAAUGGUUACAAGUUCCCUUUCUUCUCUAUUGUUCUCGUCAUGUAUUGUCUGACUCUAUGUGAGAACCUCUUGAUCAUUUUCCUGGUGUCCACAAGCCAACGUCUACGGUCACCAAUGUUUUUCUUCCUUGGACAUUUGGCGUUGACAGACAUCGUCCUUGUUUCAAAUAUUGUCCCUAAGCUCCUGGACAUUAUCAUAAGGGAAGGGGGCGCUAUACCUUUUGUUGACUGUUUUGCACAGUUUUACUUCUAUGGGGUAUCGAUCUGUGCGGAGUGUUUCUUGCUCACAGCCAUGUCCUAUGACCGGUACUUGGCCAUCUGUAGACCUCUACAUUAUACGUCACUGAUGAGCGUCCCCCUUAGAUACAGCCUGGUCCUCUCCUCCUGGGGACUCGGCUUUAUAUUGGCCCUUAUGACAUUUUUACUUGUGUUUGACUUAGACUUCUGUGGGCCGAAUGUUAUUAACCAUUUCUUCUGUGACUUUGCUCCUCUUGUAGAACUCGCUUGUUCAGAUACAACAGUUGUCAGUAUUGAAAUGCCCGUCCUCUCUGCCUCCCUAAUUUUGUCACCUUUCUUAUUUAUUAUUAUCACUUAUGUUUAUAUUUUUAUCACUAUUUUUGGAAUUCCCUCCACCUCCGGCCGACAAAAAUCUUUCUCUACCUGUAGCUCUCACUUGGUGGUGGUUUCCGUCUAUUAUGGGUCCAUGCUCAUCAUCUACAUGGUCCCAUACAGAGGACACUCCCUGAGUAUUAAUAAGUUCCUAUCCCUGGUCUACAUUGUCCUCACCCCCCUCCUGAACCCUGUGAUCUACAGUCUAAGGAACCAGGAGAUUCAGGCCUCUGUGAGGAAACAUCUGAAGGUCCGUGGUCAUAAAGGUCUCUUGUAG